AUGUCAAAUGUAGGAGACAAUGCGUUUCCUAUGGAAAACGAUAGUAGAAUUUAUGCCAUAUUAUUCAAGUCUAUCGACUUUUCUACGAGUAAUGAUAAUACGUUGGCGGAUAGUUAUUUUCCUCUUGAUAUAAAAAAAAUUCAAGGAUCAAUGGCAGAUAAAGAAUCGAACAGACAAGAAAUAGAGGAAGUAGAUGUUUCCAACGAUGAUAGCGUAAAAGAUCCCGAUUUUGACUCUGGCGAUGAUGAAACUGAAAACACAAUCGAUAAUGAAAUUACAGAAGGUUCGUUCAAAAGACGAAAGAAGAGCAGAACUAAGCCUGCCGACUUUUCUACGACUAAUGAUAAUACGUUGGCGGAUAGUUAUUUUCCUGUUGAUAUAAAAAAAAAUCAAGGAUCAUUGGCAGAUAGUUCUAUUAAAGAGUUAGUUGAAAGAAAGUAA